AUGUUGGGAGAAUUUCGCAUGCACGCCGCAGACAAGAAAUACGAGGAGUUCUGGAAAAAAGUCAACAAAUCGUUUUUCGAGAAAUGGCCAGAGCGAAGGGCCCUCUUUGGUGACUUGCCUGCUGACCACAUCCUUACGCCAGAUCAAGUGAAGGAUCUGGCAGACGCUGUGGAAAGUCGUGAACAGCAACUAACUACAUGGUACCGUUGGCGGAAAAACCCUGCUCGCCUGGGCCGCACGAGUGGUGUUAAAGGAGCUUUGAAGUUCGACACUGUGUUAGCUGGUGGUGUGGAACUUAAGGGGACCCGCGCACCGCAAAAAAUAGACAUUUACUCCUACGAAUACUAUGGAGAAAAAGUCAAGGACACUGCAGACGCCGAAAUCAGAGUACAGAAUGUUACUGACCGCGGGCCAAAGCUGAAUAAGCGCCGUGAGGUCACGCGCCGUUUGUACUCUGAAGAAUGCGAGGACGUCAAGAAUAAGGUUGAAAGGCGUUACCAGAAGGCAAAGGCAAAGCAUGCGAAAGCACGUCUACGCCAGAAGUCGGGGAAGAUGCCAAAAAUUAACGACGCAACCAAGAUAAAGGCUAUCCGUGAGCUUGGUCCUAUGCUUGAUCGGAUCCUUAAGUACCUUGCAUACGCCACGGGUGGGUGGAAGUUCACGAUCCUUAUGGGAGGGAAGGAUCCUAGCACUGGAGAGGUGUCUGUGUUCAACUAUCACAUUGGUGAACUUGAGAGUGGGGCACAGUUUGAUCAGACUUACGCCAAUUUUGAUGUGAUGCAGGCUGCGUUUCUAGCCUUCGUCAAAGACGCUCUCGCAUUUGAGUCGACACUGCCUCAAGACUCAGACGCUGAGGAGGCAGAAGAUUCAUCAUCAGACUUGCAUGAUGGUUCAGACGAGGAGUGGGCAACAACGAGUGGCAGUGAGCAUGGUGGUCAUGAUGUGGAAGAAGAGGACUUGGAUGAUCUCCUGCCAAACAGCGCCCAUCGAAUCAACACUGCGGGCAUGUACCGGAUGACUCCUCAGUCUGAGUCAUCCAUCGAAGACGAUUUUGGCGCCGCCAUAGCAUCAACUGAUGCAUCACUUCCAUGUGCGCAAAUCUUAGGUGACGCAUCAUCUGGUUCUCAGCUCCCGAGUGAUUCCCACUUGGCUUCGUUCAACAACCCUCCCAACCUACCUGUGUUUGACCACGAGGUGUUUACUGCUCUCAUCAAUGACCCGGAUUUCAAUAUCAGCAUCUUGGAUGCUCUCCCCGACGCCCCCCCCCUUCAAUCCAACCCAUAUCCUGAAGUCUUUAUCCCUCCAGCUCCUCGCACUGAUGACGCAUCAUCUACACAAUAUCCUGAAGUCUUUAUCCCUCUGGCUCCUCGCGCUGAUGAUACACCAUGCAUCCAAUAUCCCCAAGUCUUUAUCCCUCCGGCUUGCAUCCAAUAUCCCCAAGUCUCUAUCCCUCCGGCUCCUCACGCCCAUGAUACAUCAUCUACUCAAUAUCCCGAAGUCGUUAUCCCUCCGGCUCCUCCCGCUGAUGAUGCAUCAUCUGCCCAAUAUUCGCAAGUCGUUAUCCCUCCGGCUCCUCCCACUGAUGAUGCAUCAUCUGCCCAAUAUUCUCAAGUCGUAAUCCCUCCGGCUCCUUGUGCCGAUGUUGAAAAUAUGGUAACACCCAAUGAAUCUGAUGGUGCCAGCGCGGCACCAACUUCAUCAGUCCAAGCUGGAUCUCAGCGUCAUCAUGGAAGGCGCACACAACAACGUUCACAACUGACCGUGCCCACUUCCUCGGCAGAUGAAAUCCAACCACUCCCAGAUGGGCAUCGCCGAGUGCGCAAACCCUUCAAUGCAAGAGAACGUGACAACGAUAUUGGCGGGCCAAUGAAGUGCGCUCGGCAUACAUAAUCAGUAAAUAGUGUCUUAUCUACAUAUCUUGUUGCGAGCAUCCAUGUCAGUAUUAGUGAUUUAAUUGAAUGUUUCUUGUCGUACAAUGUUCCUGCAUCCAAACACU